AUGACACUACCUUCUGGUGGAGGGUGUGCUAUUUGUAAUGAAGGAUAUUAUAAAGAGGGGACAGAUUGUAUCAGUUGUGAUGUUUCUUGUAGUUUAUGCAAUGAUAGAAUAUCGUGUUCUGAAUGUAACCAAUCUUAUUACAGGUUAUAUAAUAGUUUAAGUAAGUUAUGUCUUCCUUAUGAAAGCCUCACAAAUUGUAUCAACAAAACGAGUUCUGGGUGUUUAAAGUGUUCAGAAGGUUAUUAUUUAGAAGACUCCACAUGUGUUGAAUGUGAAGAAAAUUGCAUUUCGUGUCAAAAUAUUAAUAACUGUGCCAAGUGUGUAACCAGUGAUUAUGUUUUAGUUAACUUUAAAUGUGUUUAUUAUAGUCAAAUUGAUUAUUGUACAUCAGCAAAAGACUCAAAGUGUACAAGCUGUGAAAACAAUAAUAAACCAACGAAUACGGGAGAGUCUUGUGAAGGGUAUAAAAACUAUAGUGUUGCUAUUGGUGUACCAGUUGCUGUCACAAUAGUUUUAUUAUUAUUAAUUAUUAGUAUAAUAAUAGUUGUUAUUGUACUUGUUCAAAGAAAGAAAUUGGAGAAGAAAGAGAGAAAUAUAUGUACCUUCGAUAUGAGUCAUUCGAAUAUCCAAAUGUCAAAGUUAAAAGACGACUUAGUGGCAAAUAAAAAGAAAUUGACGUUUGAUUUGGAUUCUGAUGAGUUAAUACCUGUAGAUGCUGAAACAAGAGAUUUGAUUUGCAUUGGAAACACUUCAAAACACACCAUUAAAAUACAAUUUAGUGUAAUGGAUGGAUGCGACUUUUAUAAAAUCAGAACAGAGCCUUCAAUUGUUAUUUUGAAAAGAAAUUUUGCAUGUGAAUUUGAAGUGUUUAUCAACCCGUUGUGUUCUUCUAUAAUACACGAGAAUGUUAUUGUAACAGCACUGGACAUUUCCACUGGAAUAAUUGACGACGUGAAAAUUGAAGUGGAAGUUGAAACUCAAACAACAACAAAACUGAAUUAUCGAGACAUAGAAGAGACAAAGAAACUGGGUGAGGGUUCGUUUGGGAUUGUAUACAAAGGGAUCUACAGAGGUAAUAUCGUUGCAAUUAAAAAGAUGAAACAAAUUGAAAAUAAAGAAGAUGGACUUGUCGAAUUUGAGAAGGAAGUCUCGAUGUUAGAUAAAUUUAGAAGCGAGUAUAUUGUCCACUUCUAUGGAGCUGUGUUUGUACCAAAUAAGAUAUGUAUGGUCACCGAAUUUGCUCAAUUUGGAAGUUUACAAGACUUGAUGAAAAACAAAACAGCAGAAGAAGUUAAUAUGAAACUAAGGAACAAAUUCGUGUUGGAUGGAGCAAGAGGAAUAUCAUAUUUACACACAAAUGGGAUAUUACACAGAGACAUCAAACCAGACAACUUUUUGAUUGUUUCAAUUGAAAUGGACGACAUCGUUAAUGCGAAAUUAACAGACUUCGGAAGUUCAAGAAAUGUGAAUCUUUUAACAACAAAUAUGACAUUCACUAAAGGUAUUGGUACUCCAGUAUAUAUGGCGCCUGAAGUGUUAAGACAAGAAAAGUACAAAAAAGCUGCAGAUGUCUAUUCAUUUGGUAUAACCAUGUACGAAGUAUUUGGAUGGAAAGAAGCUUAUAAUAAAAAUUCAUUCAAAUUUCCAUGGAAAAUUGCAGAGUUUGUGAUAGCCGGAAGUCGUCUAUCUAAACGUGACAUGAUGAGUGAUGAACAAUAUUUAAUUAUUAAUAAUUGCUGGAAACAAAACAGUAUAGACAGAAUUACUAUUGAAAAUGUUGUUACCAAAUUAGAAAAUUUGAAUUGA